AGAUACACCUGAGACUGCAGAGUCAGUGAUGGAAAGGGUGUCUACUGCCAACACUGAGGAGAGGGAAGAGCCAGUUUGUCAAGAAGCAUCACAAGAUGGUUUGGGCAGGGUGAGUCCUGCCACAAGUCCUAUUCUGAUGGAGGCGACCGGGUUUGCUGAUGCCCAAGAGCAGGUUGUGGACGCGUCGCAAACAGCUCCCCCAGUGGAAACAGCAGCCCAUGCCACUUCCCCAAUUGAGAAAUACACCCUGAUCGGAUGUCAGCUCUACGAUGAAUGCCUGGAUGCAGCUGUAGGGAUGAUAACUAAAGACUCUUCCCACAGUUCACCAGUUCCUGGAGAUGAAACUGGCCACGGAGUGUAUUUAGAGACAGACACUGUUACAGGUGUAACUGAAGAGGAUGACUUUGUAUGUCUGCAUCUGCCAUCGCCGCCACCCGACACACCACAGGACAACUCAGUAGACUCCCCCCCUCUAGCAGAGUCACUUCAGACUGCGACGAUGGCGUUUGAGAGCGCUACACCUGAUGUUAUUGUGGAGAGCGAAGAAACUGUAGCUCAUGAACAAUCUGCAAAUACUGCCGAGGCAUCAGAUAUAUCAGCUGAGUCCCCAGCAUUCACCACAGCUGAAAGCACUGAAAUCGGUAUCAACACAAUGGAAUGCUGUCCAUCCGAGGCAUCACAAGAUGCAUCAUCGCUAGAGACUAUGGCAGACUGCGCAGCAGUGUCACCUGUGACCCACGUAGAGCCUGAGUUUUACAGUUCACCAGAUGAUGCAACAAGUCCAUCCGAUGGGGCAUGCACACCAACAACAGACACAGAGGCUGUCACUGUUUCCUGCGUACAUCAUGUGGAUGACAAUGUCACAGACACAGAGAAAACAGCAGAUGUAAUGACAUCCGUGGAUUCUUCUAAGACACCUGUUUCACCAGGUAACUAG